AUGAAUUCUAACCCCACUGGUUAUCCUACGACCAUGCAGCAGCAUGCUAAUCCUAUGCUGGCUGCCGCUGCAGGCUAUCCUAUCCAGUCAGGAAGCCCAGGCAAUCAGCAGUUUCCUUUCUAUGCCAACCCAAUGGCUGCAUAUCCUCCUCAGGUGCCGCAGGCACGUCCUGGGGCAAUGCAACAGCAACAGCAACAACAACAACAUUCCUUCAACCCCAUGCAGAUCCAAACUUCUGGCCCUGGCGGACCUAUGAUGCCAAGUAACAUGGUCGCUCCGCAGACUAAUCUUCCUUACUCUUCGCCUUCUCCAUAUCAUCCGACCUCCAUCCCAACCACUACGACUGCUUCACCAUCGCACUCACAGAGCCCGACCACGGCAGCAACUAUUUCAAUGCAGAUGCCGUCGCAGAAUAUGGCCGCAGUUGCCAACCCCGCAAUGUUGGCUGCGCAGCAGCAGCAGCAACAACAACAGAGACCUGCGCCGCCAGCUAAUCAACCGCCACAAGGACAGCAACAACCACAGCAACAGCAACAGCAGCAACAACAACAACAAGCCGUUCCUCAAUCUCCGGCUGCUGCUGCUCGUGAGCGAGCUCGCGUCAGCACUCUUCUGGAAAUCAACUCCACUCUACUUCAAGAACUGUUGAAUAUGCAAGCAGCAGGCAAAUCUGGUGGCCCCCCGCAAGCACCAACAAACCAAGAGCAACAGACAUCAUCGCCAAAUUCAACAGCGGAAUCAAAUGCUGCCGGGGAAGCUCCGAGAAAGCCCAGCCAGGAAUACGUUGAAUGUUUGAAGCGCCUGCAAACCAAUCUAGUCUACCUCGCUUCUGUUACCGAUCGCACCAAAAAACCAGGGCCAUCGGCUCCUCCAAUUCUUACCCCUCCGCCACAUAUGAGCAGCUUGACUGAAAUCUACUCGAAGCUCAGUGAGCUGUUCCCUGCUGUACCUCGACCUGCUGCAGCACACCAGCAACGGCCUAGCCAGUCAGGCAUAGCAACCACUGAGAAUGCCGUGUGA